CCCCCGAUAUUGCUUUCUCUUUUUAAAUGUUUGCUUCAAUGGCUAGCACAGCAUGCGCAGUCUAGUUAUAUACGUCUAUGGUCCUCGCUAACUGGAAAACGCCCAAUCUCAUUGUAGACGACGUUUUAGACCGGGUCUACAAUAGACAAUUUAAGAUCUAAGCUUUAAGAAAUUGACCAAUCACAGUUGAAUAUGAAGAGAAUAUUCGACUGUGAUUGGCCAAUUUCUUAAGGCUUAGGGCUUAAAUUAUCUAUUGUAGACCCAGCCUUAUUGUUGACGGUGAUCAAUCGAGAUAUUUUUGAUAUUUCUUAGCUGAUUGUUUUGAAUUUUUUGAAUUGCAUCCACACUCUGUACAUAAAAUAUGGCCUAUAAAAAUCUUUGCAUAAGUAUUAUGAAAGAAAAUCGAAUGCUGGAUAGAUAUCUAAAAACUGUUAUAACCAAAUGCAACUAUUCAAAAACGACGAACUUCGAAUCUUCGGAGAAUAAUGAGAAAACGACGCAUUUCGGUUUCCAAACGAUCAAGGAAAGUGAAAAAACGAACGAAGUAUAUACUGUAUUUGAAAAUGUUGCCAAUUAUUACGACAUAAUGAAUGAUACAAUGAGUAUGGGUAUCCAUCGCAUUUGGAAAGAUAUCUUUAUACAAGAAUUAGGACCAACUCAUGGUACCCAUCUCUUGGAUUCUGCUGGUGGCACAGAUGUUGGUAAAGAACGGGCAAAUAGAUUAGGCUUGUCGCAGGAUACUAAUUGCAGUAUUACUUGGAAGCAAGAGAAUGCAGAAAAUUUCUCCUUUCCCGAGGAAUCUUUCACCGCUUAUACCAUAGCGUUUGGAAUAAGAAACAUAACAUAUGCUGACAAGGUACUGUCUGAAGCAUACAGAGUUUUACAACCAGGAGGAAGAUUCUUGUGCCUAGAAUUUAGCCAUAUCAAUAAUGGAGCUUUACAAUGGUUGUAUGAUCAAUAUUCUUUUCAAAUAAUACCUGUGAUGGGACAUUUAAUCACAGGACAGUGGAAAGCUUAUCAGUAUCUUGUAGAAAGCAUAAGAAGAUUUCCAAAACAAGAAGAUUUCAAAGAUAUGAUCCAGACUGCUGGAUUUAGAAAUGUGACUUAUAAAAAUCUUACUUAUGGCAUGGUAGCUAUCCAUUCAGGUUUUAAAUUAUAAAUAAGAUGGUUUGUAAAUAAAAUAAAAAAAAUAAUUUUGAAAAACAAAAAUAAAAUAUUAUAAUAUAUCAAAGAAC